UUAUUUGGGUUUAAUUGUUUAUUCAGGACCCGCUUAUAGCAGCCCAAAAAGUAAGUACCUUUUGACCCUGCAACAACCAGAGACCUCUCCAGUCUUUCAAAUCAUUACUGGUUUCCUCCACAGGGUGGAGAAAUAGAAAAAAUUUAGAAUAAGCUCUGAGAUAAAGGUUGAAAAUGAGUGCUGAAGCUUUGCAAGUUGCUAAGGUGUACCGCCAGCUUCUCAGAGCUGUGAAGAAACACGUUGCCAAAGAAGACAGGGCGAGGCAUUUCAAAGAAUACGUAACUGAAGAAUUCAGGAACAACAGCAAACUGUCAGAUCCAUCUUCCAUUCAGCAGAAGAUUAAGCUUGCCCAUAACUACACUUUUCUUCUUAACAGUGUGCACCAUCACCAGGACCUAUUGUUCUCUUACAACAUUGCUGUGGAUAGAUCAGAUGAGAUGAAAAAAGUACUUGGAAAAUCGGCUGCAAGUGUUGGUCUUCAACUUCCUGAGGUGUAUCAGCCUUGAUAUUUAGUUGGCUAUAAUCUGCUACAUCCUAUUCUGGCAGAGAAAAUUUGCCUCCACCGAACAAUGUAGCCUGUGGAAUUUUGGAUUUUUAGUCAUAAAUAUUCAGUGCUAUUUGUUUGCUGCCAACAAUGGCAAAGAAUAA